GAACCAUGAGAAGCUAUGUACAAAUCUGAUGCGGAGAAUAUGUGUCCUCCAGAUACCUUGACUUUGGACGAGUUAGCAAGAUGUCAUUGGAGUAGGUAACCUGAUCCAACUCUGAAGAAUUCAUGGGAGGAAGGGAAGCUUUCUACUUGAGCAUCCGUGAUAUAAACAGGAAAUGAAGACAUCACCUACUAUGCUUGGAAUCGGGAAAUUGCUUUGGGUCCUCUUCCUAAUUCCACUUGUAGGCAUCUGGAGUAUCAGUGGGGAUGAAUCAUGUGACAUACAUUUUAAGAGAUAUUCCAUAUAUGUUGUGUCAUCAGGAGACCCAUUUGAACUGGAAUGCCCUGUGAAAUAUUGUUCUAAUAGACCUACUGUGACCUGGUGCAAGGCCAAAGGAAACUGUUUACAUCUUGGGGACAGACUUCAGGGCUUCAUGGGUUGGGAAGAAAGGAAGAGUAUUUCAGGUUUUAUUCUGCAUUUUAAUCAAGUGCUUGCUAGUGACAAUGGGUCAUACCGCUGUUCUGUGAACUCUUCGCCUGGACUCAUUGAAAGCCACUCAGUUACCAUUAAUGUGACAGAUACAAGGAAUGCCUCAGGACCACCCUCCAAGGAAGAGAUGGUGGACCAACAAUGGACCCUUUAUAGUUUGCUUCCUUUGGGGGCUUUACCUCUAUUCAUUACCUGUUUCCACCUAUUGUGCUGCCUUAGACGGCACCGCGGGGAACAAACGAAGCUUUCUGAUACAACAGGAAGGGAAAGUAACCUGAAUAGUUCAUCUUUGGAGAAUCUUGAUGAGAAGAUUAUAUUAAAACUAUCAGAAUCUGGAUAUUUUAGUCCAUCUUUUGCUUCUGCUCACCUCUAUUUUGGAUCAACCCUCAGUCAGGCUCUGUCUGCAGCAGCUCUAGAACUCCAAGUGCAGCAGGAAAGAAAGUCCUGGUCUCAGGAAGCUCAGAGAGAAACCUCAGAAUGGCAUCUCAGUGAUUGGCUGUCCAGACUUAGACCCUAUGCACAUUCGUGA